AGCGCAACCACUCAAACCUCUACCGCCACGGGCCUCACUACGAGCCUUUCUACGAGCCUCACCACGAGCCUCACAACAAGCCUCACAACGUCCCUUACAACCUCUCUCACGACGACUCUCACCACGAGCCUCACGACGACGAUCUUGCCAACGACCACCACCACCUCGGCGUCCAUCACGACCUCCACAACCUCAGCAUCAGGCACCACCUCGGCAUCUGCACUUCCCACCCCAACUUCGUGCGGCAACCAAGGUCUAGCAUGGGCCGAGUACGACACUCCCGAGGUGACCUACACGGGCGGCUAUCCCGAAUUCAACCCGGCCGCACUCAAGCGCCAAGCUCCCAACUACAGCGGCAUCGUGAACAACAUCCCUGGCUACACCUUCGACGAGGGCACUGGGGCCAACGGCCAGUUGACAAUCUACGACGGCAUCAGCAUCCCUACCAGCUAUUUCGCCAUCAACCAUCAAGGAUACAUCUAUCCGGAUGUGUCAGGAACCUACACCUUCACGUCGACCAACGGCGACGACGUCGCGCUCCUGUGGCUGGGAAGUAAUGCGUACACGGGCUGGAAUCGCGCGAACGCCAACCUCGAGCAGGCCUUUGGCGGCAGUCGUCCAACGAGCACCCCACAGACGUAUUCCGUCGAGUUGAUCGCCGGCACGUACUAUCCCAUCCGCAUCAUCGGCGCGAACGGAGCCGGAGCGACCAGUCUUCAAAUCACCGCUACGAGGCCGGAUGGUACGCAGUUCUUGGGUCCGAACACCUCGGGUUCGGGACUGCUGGUGCAGUAUUCCUGCAACAGCGCUCUCGCUCCGCCGUUCCCGGCGUUUGGUCAGCAGACCUGA